ACUUUGUGGACCAACGCUAUUGCUCCCUUGAAGGAUUUGGGCUUUUCCUGUCACAGAGCGCUGUUUUUAAACGCUCUCCCGUCUUCCAUGUGAGCACGCUGACAGCAUGGGGACGCUGUUAUUAUUUGCUGCCUUACAAGUGGCCACAGUCGCUUCGGUGACUGCUGAGUGUCCAGUAGUGUGCGAGUGCCCAGCAGUGCCCCCAUCUUGCCCCCCAGGGAUAAGUUCAGUCCCAGAUGGAUGCGGCUGCUGCAAGGUGUGCGCUGCCCAGCUAAACCAAGACUGCCACGAGGGGCGUCCUUGCGACCACCAUAAAGGACUGGAGUGCAAUUAUGGCAAUGAUGUGGGCCGAACCCAUGGCAUCUGCAGGGCAAAGGCCGAGGGCCGCUCCUGCGAAUACAGCGGUCGGAUUUAUCAAAACGGCGAGAACUUCAGAGCUGGUUGCAAACACCAAUGCACUUGCAUCGAUGGAGCAGUAGGGUGCGUGCCUCUUUGCCCCAGCCACGUGCCCUUGGCGUCGCCUUCCUGCCCUGCCCCGCAGCUGGUCAAGGUGCCCGGCCAGUGCUGCCUCAGCAUCGACUGCCACAAGGGAACCACGGUCGUGCCCCCGGUGUAUCGCCGACCCCAGCCUCCCGCUUUCCCUCCGUACCCUCCGUUCAUUCCCUACCCAGUGUUUCCCUACCCAAAGCCUUUUCCGAAGCCUUACCGGAAGUUUUACACUUACAAACACAAAAAGGAGAAGGAUACCCUUGGCAACGAACUGGUGGAAGCGGGACGCAAGUGGGGCAAGCCACGUGGAAACAAGCACCUGGCAGCCUGGAAGCAAACAAGUGAUGAGUGCGUGGUUCAGACCACUUCCUGGUCCGAGUGUUCCCGGAGCUGUGGCAUGGGCGUUUCUUCUCGUGUUACAAAUGACAAUGCUCAGUGUAAAAUGAUCAAGGAGACGCGCCUGUGCAACAUUCGGCCCUGCAGCUCCAUGUCCAUCCCGGUCAAGAAAGGAAGGAAGUGCUCUCGCACCCAUAAGGCCCCAGAGCCACAUCGUCUGUCGUAUGCCGGCUGUAGGAGCACUCGCCUCUAUCGGCCCAACUACUGUGGAGUAUGCCGGGACGGCCGCUGCUGCUCACCACGUCGCACCCGCACAGCUAACGUGACCUUUGCCUGCCCUGACGGCGAACGCUUCAGCAGGUCCGUGAUGUUCAUCCAGUCGUGCAAAUGCAGCGACGAGUGCAACCAUCUCAACGAGGCCGUAAUGCCCCCACAGCUGUGGCUCUAUGGGGACACGCACAAAUUCAAUGACUAGCGGCGUUACCCUGCCAAACCUACAUUCCUUCAUAAAAACAGACAUUAACUCCCCCAUCUCACCCCCGCCCCAGCAGUACCCAUUAUAGAGUAGCUGUCCUUAGUGGAUCCAUGAGCAGAACACACACCGAAACAUUUGAGGAUGAAUGCGGAAAAGAGGAAUGUGUCUCGGACUGGGCGUACCUCACAAUGUGGAAACCGCGAAAGUGACCAGGCCCUGCUUUAGUGUAGAUAAAAAGCUGUUUCUGGCCUCACCAGACUUUAAACUGUGAAUAAAUCUUUGUGUAAAACAUGGGUGUAAGCAGACCCCAUGUUAGUGCCCAGCUUCAAAAGUUCCCUAGAACUGUUUUUGGGAACAGCUGAGAAACACAGACAUGCAUAAGUCUUUCGUGUGUGCGUGUUACUCAUUUUCCUUUGCUGAUGGAUUCACGGUGUGGAUUUGACAAACCAGCUGGAAUCACGUCUGCGCACUCCAGUAUAUGACAACUGAUAGACUAAGUGACAAAGAAGAAUAGGAUGGCGUUGGAAGAAGAUGGAAGUUUGUCUCAGAUGUUUUGACGGGAAUGUGGUUUGGGUCAUUUUAUGGUAUUUAUUCUCUGGUAUUUAUUGUCGAGACAGACAUGAUGACACAGCAGCCUGCCACUGGGGAAGGUGGUGCUGCUAUUCUCGGAGAAUCGAUGUGGCAGAACAACAAUAUCAGACGGACAAAAUUGCUGAGCCCCGAGAGAGGGUGAGGAACUGCCAUCAAACCAGGACUUGACCCCGGGCUCAGAUUUGGUCAGAAAGCCAUAUCUAAUGAUGAACAACAAAUGAUAAAGGAGGAGAUGAGGUAUAUACAAUGGAUAAAGUUGGAGUUGAACUUGGUGGUUGGAGGCAUUAGUGGGAAAACACGUCAAAGGUUGUUUACGCAGCUGGACUCAUCCCCUCGCCUUGCCUUCACAAGAAACUGAGACAUUUCGCGAGCAUCCGAAGAACACGCUCGGGAUUCUGUCGCCAACAAGUCGACCACCUAAUUUGGCCAGGUACAAUCCUGACUCGUGAUGGCAGAAGGAGACAAUCGUCCACUCUGGUUUGUUUUAUAAAUGAAAUUUGGAAAGCUGCGUGUGCCACGGUGAAUGUGUUAUUUGUGAUUUGAAGGUGGAACUGCUCUGUCGUCUAAUCUGGCUCGUAACUGAGCAGCCUCAUCGUGUUAAAGUGCGUCCUGUUUCUGAGAAAUGCUGUUGAAAAGCUGUUCAGUCUUUCACACGGCUGUGAGAAGAGCUUUAUGUAUUUUUUUUUCCGGGGGGUUGAGGUCUACAGCUGCCAAAUGUCAGCAGGACCCUACCUCUAAGGACACUAAUACUGUCAAGUCUAUCUUCAGGUUGUACGUUACGGAUGGCUUAGCCCUUUAUUAUGAUUAUCCACCCGACUUGGUGUUUGGGUUGAUGUUUGAGCACCUUACAGCAACCUUGAUUCACAGCCUAAUCUGGUAUCCUCAUACAGAUGAGUUGAAAUCACGAACUGCCUUUUUUAAAUUACUAUAUACAGUGGUAACUUCAUCUCAGUGGAAGCACCAAUGUACUUUAUCCGUUUGUGCCAUAAAUUACACAUUUUUGCCCUGAGGUGAAUGGUUUUUUUCCCCCUACCAUCUCAACUACAAAACAUCUGCUGCCCCAAAUCCUUAUCAGGGGUUCUUUUUAAACUUUAAUUGGGUAAGAAGUGUCUUUUGUGUUUUCCAUUGCUAUUUUGCCCAUGAAGAUGCUGUGGUUUUGAUAUUGUAUCUUUAGUUUUAUUGAGGGAAACUAUAGUGCAGCUAUGUACAGACACAUUGUUACCUUUGUAGUUCUAUCUGCUGUAUAAGGGCCAAUCAUUAUACUGAAGUAGUCCAUGUAUAGUUUAGCACUGGGCGAGGCAGGGUUCAGAUCUUUUAUGAGCAUUAAGUGCCAAUUUUGAAAGCAUGAUGUAUAACUAGUAGUGUACAUUAAUAAGUCUGUAAUUUUCUGUAAUGAGUCAUGCUUAAGAUCUUAUGCUUCAAAAAAAAAAGAGUGUUCCUUGUGAUUAACUCUUCUUGGAAUCUGGUUAGUUUACAGACAGUUGACUUUAAGAGCUGGAAUGAGUUCAUCAUCGUUUUGCUUUUUUAAAAAUAAAAUUCUCUCUGACAAUCACUGUUGAACAUUUAUCAAAAGAGGGUUUUUUGUCAUGUAGGUUAAAUUAUACAGCAACUAUGGUGUAGCGCUUAACACAUCCACCUAACAUGCAGAUAAAUGCAUCUGGUUUAAACUGAGUCAGAUCAAACAUGCAGAUCCAGCUGCUGGGACGCCCCCUUGGGGAAUAAGGGAGCAGCCAAAGAUCUGCAAUUUCACAGCUAUGCUAGCAGCCCUGCAACGAUCCAUACUAUGUUAACAUUUAGCAGGCAUUUCAUGUAUUUACACAUGUACACUAGUUACUAAUUGGUACUAAAGAAAAGUUACCUUAAUGGGGAGAUAAAUUGGUGUCUGCCCAACUGCACUUAAGAUAUCAACAUCCAAUAUCGAAUUACUGUGCAGCAAUAAAAAUUGCAGAACCAUCACUAUGACUCUGCACAGUGAUGUUU